CCUGCUCAGGCCCGGCUCCCCCACUGGACACGGCCCCAGCCCCGGAGGAGAGCUGCUCCCAGACCCAGCAGGGCCAGAGCCCAGGAUGGCAGGUGCAGACAGCCAGCUCAGCCCCAGGAUGUCAAUUGAAGACCAAAAUGUAAAUGACAGGCGGGCUUAUGAAGCGAUAUUCAAUCACUACAGGAUGCACAAGGUGGAGAUUUCACAUGCAAUAGACAAGACAUUUCCUUUCCUGGAGACCCUCCGAGACCGCGGCCUCAUCAGCAAUAAAUUGUUUACAGAUUGUCAAGAGUCUUGUAGAAACCUGGUCCCUGUAAAAUCGGUGGUGUACAAGGUCCUCGAAAAACUGGAGAAGACAUUCGACCUGACGCUUCUGGAAGCAUUGUUCAGCGAGGUCAACCUGAUGGAGUACCCUGGCCUAACAAAAAUUUGCAAAGAAUUCCACAAUGUGGCUCGGGAGUUUUUUAAUUGCCAACAGAGUGAGGCAUCUGGCAACCAACCAAGGCUUGAGCAAGGAAAUGGCGAAAACUUUCAUGGAAGCCUACCCUGGUUGUAUGCAGAUUCCUCAUCUGACGUUGAGCGGGUCAAUGAAGGGGGAAGAGAGCCGACCAGGAGUGAAAAUGAGGCAGCAGGAGGUCAGCAAGACAGCAGCGCGUGUACCCAAGAAUCGGAUCCUGUAGGGGCAGAGCUAUCCACAAAUGGAACCCCAAUCCAUCCGUGUAGUGUGCUUCUUGUGGAUAUAAAGAAGGAAAAGUCUUCUUAUGAGCCGAGAGCCCCCAAAAGGACUAACUGUCUCCAGGAAUCAGACAUAAUAGUGAUCGACAGUGAGGACAAUGAUGAAGACGAGCCCCCAGAAGCCUCCACCUGGGCAAUGCGAAGUCAGCCCCAUCAGGAAGAUCCCAUGAGUCUCAGAAAAUCACCCCUAUUCAGAAAAAGUAUGGCAAAAAGAGUGGCAAGACACAGAGACGCUUCAGGAUCCAGUGAGGAGGACGAGCACCCCGGAACCUCGCACUCAGCGCUGGGAAGGUUGCCUGCAAAGGAGGGUUCUGUGCAUAGUAGAAACACGUCUCCUGCGGAGAAACGCUUUAGAAUAAGAGGUCUGAUCAACGAGGACUGGACAGAAGUGAGUGAUAGAGAGGAGCCGCCAGAAGCCUCAGGCUCGGUGCCAAGAAGUGGGUCAGCCACCGUGGAAAGUGGGAGAAGUUCCAUUAUGGGGAGCCACACAAAGAAGAGAACCCAAAAGAGGAACCAUUUGGAGGGAGAAAUCAAACUCCACAAAGGGAGAAAGAGACUCUGGCCUAGGAAGCUUUAUGGCCAGAGAAACAACAGGCUGAAAAGAGGCCACUCAAAAGUCAACCGAGUCAACGCUGGACCCUUGAGAAGAUGGAGAAAAAGAGGCCCCAGAAUUCCCAAAGACUACACGAUCAAUUUCCAGAGUCCUCAGCUCCCGGUGACGUGCGGGGAGGUGAAGGGGACUCUCUACAAGGAGAUACUGGCACAAGGCACCUCGAAGAAGUGCAUCCAGACUGAGGACCAUUGCAAGACCUGGUUCAGACCUCACCCUGGCUCUGAACUCCUUGACAAUUCACCCACCUCUGGGCCCCCAAGCUCUCCGUGA